AUGAACCAGCGAGAGCGUGAAUUUGUCGAUUUUCUUCGGCACGAGGUAUGUUUUCGUGUAGAAGAAUCAUCAUGUGGCAUGGAAAUGAGUUUUCAGUGCAAAGACCUGCUUACCGAGUACUACGACACGGACUUCAACCUGCUCCGAUGGGCUCAAGGGCACGGAUUCGAUAAGGAAGAGGCUGUCGCCGAGCUCCGUCGCCAUCUUCGUUUCCGUCAGUACUAUGACCUCGACAACAUCCUGACAAACGUCAAGGAUCACCCUAUCCUCAAAAAGUACUUCCCGAUUGGUCUAGUGGGUACGUGACUGCCUCCUCUGCCGUAGAACUCGCUCCAUUUUCAGGCGAGACUGGCAAAGACAAUCAGCUGCUCGUGAUCGAGUGCGCCGGCCGAAUCGACCUGAUGGGCAUCCUCAAGUCGGUCCACUUGUCCGACUUUCUGAUUCAGAGGUACGCAAUGAUUGACUCCAAUUACCGUGUACUUUUGAGUAUUUUGAAGGUUCAAGUUUCAAGAGAAAAUGUUGGCGGCGAUGAACGAAAUGGAGAGGAAACACGGAACACAGGUAGGGAAAGGGGAUGCGGAGACUAAAAGAACGGAUUAUUUCAGUGCUCGGUCAUCUACAUUCUGGAUCUGGAGGGACUCAAAUUCGACCCAACUCUCCUCAACGUCGUGACAGGACCGUACCGUAUUCUGUGGGCGUCCGUUUACACCGCCUACCCGGAAUGGAUCAACACUUUGUUCCUCAUCAACGCCGUCGUUUAUGUCACUGAUUUGGAAGGUAAGUCGAACAAAUUGUCGGGAGCUCCGGAAAAAGUGGUACUUCCAGGCGAUCGGACCGCUUCUUCCGGAGAGAACUCGUAAUAAGGUCAGGAUUUGUGCAGGCACCUCCGAUUGGAAAUCCGCCGUGCAAAAGGUGGGCUCUCUUCAUUUCCCUCUUUCAUUUCCUUUUUCCAGCACGCGCACAUCGACAACAUUCCGAAGCACUGGGGCGGAAACCUCGUGGACAAGAACGGCGACGGAAUGUGCCGUGACAUCCUCAACAUCCCGUUCGACUCGAUUCCCCAGGAGCUCUACUGGACGCCGAACGACGAGACGCCGGCCGUCAACGACCUCGUUUGCACGAACAUCGGAGCGGGCAAGUCGGCUGUUUUCACGUACAUUGUGGACACGAGCGUCACCGAACCGGUCUACAUAGUAAUCAACAGGUAGCAUCUGAGCGACUUUUGAUCAUUCCCCCAAUGAUUCUAUUUCAGAUACUGCGACCGGACGUUCGGCAUGGGCAUUUGGCAUGGGAACGACGAGAAUUCGGAGUUGGAAGAGAUGAAGGAGCUGGCUCCGGACUUUGAUUAUCCAGGUUUGGUUGAGCUGGUGAUCCCGCAGAGCCCUGAUUCUUUCAGGAAUGCCCACUGUGGACUACCUGCGACUGCGGAUGCCCGGAUCGGGGGUGUACAAGAUCAAGUGGGGUAAUGAGCAGGCAUGGAUCCGAUCGCUGACGCUCUACCAUCGGGUCCGAUUCCAAAAUGAGCAAAGGAGAACAUCAAGUACAUAG